CACUUUUUGCUACUUCCGGUUGUGAAGCAACUGAAACCAGGGUGAGCUGUGGGCUGACCCAAAACGUUAUCUUUUUCCUCCUUGCCCUCGUCGCAGAUCGGGUCGACCAAAGCGGGAGAGGACAGAAAGACGGAACGGGCGGUGUCUGAGCCACGUGACGCGAACAGCGGGCCCUGGCCCUAGAGGUAGCGGAGAACUUUAAAGGAGGAAGAGGGCCGUCUAGCUGGCCCCCAGUGGGCGGAGCGGAGCUGAAUGGAGUCUGCGCAUUGUUGACACGCGCACGCGCACGCGGGGGGGUGGCCAAAGAAGGAAGGAACGAACGAACGAAGAAAACGAACGAACUGUCAGGUGAUAUUGAAUUAGUCACAUCUGAGCUGCUGUUUUGGAGAAGAUACCUGAGGAGCUUGGUUUUUCUGAGGGAAUAAAUUUAGCCUACAUGUGCUUCUAUACUUCCUGGAAGAAUGACAGAUGACAAAGAUGUACUUAGAGAUGUGUGGUUUGGGCGAAUACCAACUUGUUUUACACUAUAUCAAGAUGAGAUUACUGAAAGAGAAGCUGAACCUUACUAUCUGCUUUUACCCAGAAUUAGCUACCUGACACUGGUAACAGACAAAGUGAAAAAACACUUUCAGAAGGUUAUGAGACAAGAAGAUAUUGUGGAAAUAUGGUUUGAAUAUGAAGGCACACCACUGAAAUGGCAUUAUCCUAUUGGUUUGCUUUUUGACCUUCAUGCAUCGAAUACAGCCCUUCCAUGGAACAUAACAGUACAUUUUAAGAAUUUUCCAGAAAAAGAUCUUUUACAUUGUCCUUCUAAGGAUGUAAUUGAAGCCCAUUUCAUGGCUUGUAUAAAAGAAGCGGAUGCCUUGAAACAUAAGAGUCAAGUUAUCAAUGAGAUGCAAAAAAAGGAUCAUAAACAACUUUGGAUGGGAUUACAGAAUGACAAAUUUGAUCAAUUUUGGGCCAUUAACCGAAAACUCAUGGAAUACCCUCUGGAAGACAGUGGAUUUCGCUACAUCCCAUUUAGAAUAUAUCAGGCAACAAGUGAGCGACCUUUUAUACAGAAGUUGUUUCGUCCUGUCGCUGCAGAUGGACAGCUCCAUACCCUGGGGGAUCUCCUAAAAGAAGCUUGCCCUGCUGCAAUUAAUCCUGAAGGGGGACAAGCCCAGAAGAAGUUUAAGUAUUAGGCUUUGUACUUUUCUUAUAAAGAGCCCUCCCCUUCUGUUCGUGAUCAUGGGAUAAAAGCUCUCUAAGCUUGUAUAUGUACUUUUUUACUGCUAUAUCUUGUAGUGUGCUCUUAAGAUUGAGAUCUCAUUCCCCAGGAAGCAUUUUCUGCCUAAGAUUAAUUGCCCUUUUAAAGUCAGUGUUUGAUGUAUUCUUUUUGGCUGGCUAUAUCCUGACUCAGUUUAACCCUCUUUGACCUGACCCCACUAUUACCACCAUGGCUGAGGCAGAAAUCCUUCAGCGUGAUGUAUGCAGCACAGAUCCCAGGCAUGUGGCUCUUCACAGCUUGGAUUCAAUUAGCUGGAUUUUUAUUGAUACAUAAAAGUAAAAAGUGUUCAGUCAGAACUAUUAGUAUAUUCAUAAUUUCUCCAAACGUGCUCAUCUUAGUAGGAGUAUGAAGUAACAGCUUCAAACAGAGGAAAUGUGGAAUGCAAAGCAGUUUCUAGUUCUCAAACUGUCCAAGUACAAAUCUAUAUUCUCAGUGGUCAAAUCUGUCUGUCUGUCUGUCUGUCUAUAUCUAUAUAUAUAUAUUUACUUGCACUAUUUUACUUCAUUUACAACAGACUCUAAAAUCAAGUAGAGGUGGCAUAGGGUAGCAGUUAAGCUGAAGAGCAUUAACUUGUGGUUGAAGCAUCAAAAAUAAAAGUUUUCCAACCACUGAAAAUCUUUUAAAUGCUCUUACCUGGAAUAGCAAGCAAUCAUGAAGACUUCUUAAUGUCUGGGGGUUUCUUUUGCAAUAUUGGCACUUUGGCAUUGGUAGUGAGCCUAUUUAUUUCUGGGUAUGACAUCCAGUUGUGUCCAUCCACAAGUGGAAUGAAUUUCUGUUCACAUAAUGAGACUUCUUUCUACAUGCUCCUACAUUUGCUAUAGAGGAUUGGGUGACCCUUAAGUAGAUUUGCGGGACAAAGGAACUGCAGGGAAGAACAAAGUAAGGGAGUCCCACUGUGUGAACAGAAGCCCACUCACAGAUAUUGGAUAUCACCUGGUCCCAGGAUAUUUUUAACUAGCAAUUUAAGUUUCCCUCUCCCUGAUUUCAGACAUACAGACACACACAAACUUCCUUUACACAUAACUUCUCUCUGAGGCUUCUACAUCUCCCUUUGGCGUACUUUUGGAAACCCAGCCUAAGACAUGAAAAAUGAUUUACUAUGGGUAGCAUCCAGUGGAUGCCCUUGUGCUCACAGAAUGGAAGCGGAAGAGAGGCUAUUUUUGCCCAUCUUCCCUUCUCCCUGCAUCUCUACCUGCUACCUUCCAUCCUGUUCUGGAGGAUUCCCCAACUCUAGAGCUGACUUUUGGAGGGACAAUUGGAACCAGAAGAGGGAAUUUCCAAAAAAACACCCAUCCUCUUCUGUUAGUGGAUGCCUUUGCUGGAUCAAAGACCUUUCUAUGACCAUAAGGGCAUCAGUUGGAUUCCACCCUAGAUUUCCACAUAUUGAACCACACCUGUCUACCUGAGAAAAUCACCCUUCAGGUGAUACCAGUGGUACAUUCUGUUCCUUAGGAAUUCCAUCUCCAUCUGUGAUUUGACAUCUUCUGCUGAGGCCCUAUAAUAACUGACAUCUGUAGUAGAAGUGUGUUACAUAAUUACAAAGUUCAGGACUUCUCACUGGUGGUGUCCCGACUUUCUAAAGCCCCCACUAAAUGGGUACACCUAAUGCCUACUUUUCCAUGCCAGGUUAAGAUACUUUUAUUUACCCAGAUAUUUUAAUUUGCAUAAUUCCUCAUUCUGCUAUAAUCCUGCUAUAAUAAUCCCUUUAUUUACUAUUGUGAUUGCUAAUGUUAGUGUGUUGCAUUUGGUUUAACUUAUUGUAUGAUCUGGAAUUUGCUUCAGUGGAAUUUGCUUCAGUGAAGGCCUAUAUAGAAAAGAUUUGAAUAAACCCCAUCCCCUGCCCCUCCUUUUGAUUCAGCAUACAUUUAUUUGGUAGUUCCACUCCAACACAAGUAAGCAACUUUUUCCUUCAUGAAAUAUUCUGUAGUCCUAUUUUAAGGCAGUGAGAUAUUUAAUUACAGUGGUGUCUAUGCAGGAGUGGAACAGACCCCUGCUCAUGCAACAGGGCUUUUCCUUCCUCUCCUCUCCCCUGUAGUGCCCCCCCCCGGUGUCCUCAAAAUCUGCUCUGGAAGGUUUUGGAUUCUCUGGAGCAGAUUUGGGGUUGGGGUGAAAAGGCUGCAGGGGGAAGAAGAAUAAAAGUCCCAGUGUGUAGCAGAAGUCUCCUUACACAGCAUUAGGCUUCCCCCAGUUUAUAUAGUGGGAAGACUAGUAAAUCCAUUUUAUAGCCUAUUAAAAUGAUACCUGUUAGAAAAAUGAUGUGUGAAUCAUUUUAUGAUUCAUGUAAUAAAAUGUUUCCUUUUUUCAAAGUUUUGAAACAUUACAUUUAUCAUGAAGGGUCAUUCGGUUAAAUAUGAAGUAGCAGGAUAACAAUCAGUACAACAAAGCAAGGAUUCUGCAGGAUUUCAUUAUGUAAUGAAACCAAACGCUCAUUGCUUCAAGCAUCUUUUUGCCUGUGAAUGUUUGAUUAGUGAUCUGUCUCUCA